AUGUCAGCUGCUACCAUGUCUACGAGAAAUGACUCGGCAGGUAAAGUGGCUACACUUUGGGCAGGUGAAGGGCAAGCCUCGAAUUCUACGUCGUCAGUCGAAGAAAAUGUCGCCUAUCGCUUUGUUCUCGAUCGCAAGGUUCAAACGAUAUCAAGCAACAGCAUUCCCGAGAACGGAUUGGUAUCAGGCCUCUUGUUUGUACCCAGUCUGGAGCCGCAUGAUCCGUGCUAUGAUAUUACCGUUUCGUCUGUGCCGCCAAACGUUACCCGCUAUGAAGACGUGUCAGACUUCGGAUACUCCUUAGUUGGCCUUGCUCCAUGGGUAACCGCCGAAUGUUCGCUAUCGUUCCUCUCUGCCGCUCAAAAAGUCGGCACGCAUGCUAUGAUUUUUUUCCAGCCCUCAGACAACGAGACCAGCUUACCACCUGACUCAAAUGACUCCCGCUGGGCAAUCAACGACGGGGAUAAAUGGAGAAUGGACAACAAUUACCCGGUGUAUGCUAUUCCAGGGCCAGCUGGAACCUCAUUGAUCAAUGAUCUCUCAUGGUAUUCAGCUAAGACACAAGAAAACAAGAGAGAAAACUUGACCGAGAAAUUUGAGUUACAGACUAAGACUAGUCGGUUAUUUGCUAGGAUUGAAACUGGCGAAGAGACUACACCGGCUACGAGCGUCUGGAGCUUUGUACUUGCAAUUGCAGGAACAGUUCUGAUACUCAGUAUCCUCCUAAUCAUUAUUUAUCGGCUUGUCCUGCGCAAAAGACGGGCUCAGCUGCAGAGACGUAUCAAUGCAGGUCAAGUCGACAUCGAGGCCUUGGCAUUGAACCAAAUGAUGGCCCCUCAGGAGGUGGUCAACAAAUUGCCACUUUAUACAUACUUGGAGGUCAUUCCUCCGACAGAGGCAGCCCUUCCACAAGAUAAUACAUCGCCGAAUCCAAUAGAACCGGAUUCUGGCGACAAGACCAACUCACUGUCGCCCAACGAAGACAACCAUGCGCAUGAAGAGGCUGGCAUCCAGAAGCCAGAGGCAGCAGUGAUUAAACCUGGACAGAAUGAUUCCUCCAGAGGCAAGUACCGCCUGAGCUACACUCAAACAACUUGUGCUAUCUGUCUCGACGAUUUUGUUGUUGGGUCAUCUACGGUUCGCGAACUGCCGUGUGGACACAUAUUUGACUCAGCUUGCAUCGAUCCAUUCCUGACUCAGAACUGCUGCCUUUGCCCUCUAUGCAAAAAGACCGUUUUGCCAGCGGGCUCGUACUAUAUCUCUGUGACCAAUGAAAUGUGGGUCAACUCGCUAAUCGCUAGCGUCCCACACACAACCUCUGCCUCUAGACGUUUUCCUCCUCGAACUUUUUGCGACAACGACAACCGACGACCUCGUACAGCCGACAAGAUGGGUGCCCUCAAGUACGUGGAAGAAAUCCAGAAGAAGAAGCAGUCCGAUGUGAUUCGCUUCCUGCUGCGCGUCCGAUGCUGGGAGCUCCGCCAGCUGAACGCCAUCCACCGUGCCUCGCGCCCCUCGCGCCCCGAUAAGGCCCGUCGUCUCGGUUACAAGGCCAAGCAGGGUUACGUUAUCUACCGUGCCCGUGUCCGCCGCGGUGGCCGCAAACGCCCUGUCGCCAAGGGUGCCACUUUCGGCAAGCCCACCAACCACGGUGUCAACCAGCUCAAGUACCAGCGUGCUCUCAAGUCCACCGCCGAGGAGCGUGUUGGCCGCCGCGCUGCUAACUUGCGCGUCCUGAACUCCUACUGGAUCAACCAGGAUUCCACCUACAAGUACUACGAGGUUAUCCUCGUCGACCCCCAGCACAAGGCCAUCCGUCGUGAUGCCCGCAUCAACUGGAUCUGCAACUCUGUCCACAAGCACCGCGAGUCCCGUGGCCUCACCGCCACCGGCAAGAAGUCCCGUGGUAUCAACAAGGGUCACCGCUACAACAACACCAAGGCUGGUCGCCGCCACACCUGGAAGCGCCAGAACACCCAGAGCUACUGGCGUUACCGUUAAGUGCGGUAGUGCACUUUGCCAGUGGUUUCGGUUGGAAAGUGUUGGUUACGGCAUGUGGUCAUUUAUUGAAGCACUUCUUUACC